AUGACCAGCCCGUCCCAGCGAGCCUGAGCCCAAGGGUUCUCUCAGCCACCGUGUUCCUGCUCUGCGGGCUGCAGCCCUGGACCUGGGGUGUGGCAUGUCACAGAAGGAGCCCCGAGGGGCACCCACAGUGCCAGGAGUGGGGCGCAGUCAGGCUAAGGCCAAGUUGUGGUUGCUGCCAGGCACCGCCAGGAAGAGGAGCCGGCUCAGCAGGACAAGGCAGGACCUGUGGGGAGAGACCAGCUGGAGCUACCGAAGUCGGAGCAGGGUUGCCCCUAGCCCUCAAGACGCCAGAGCCAAGAGUGAGGCCAGUCCUGAGAAUGCCGCGCGGGAGCGGAGCCGGGUGAGGACGCUGCGCCAGGCCUUCCUGGCCCUGCAGGCCGCCCUGCCUGCGGUGCCGCCUGACACCAAGCUCUCCAAGUUGGACGUGCUGGUGCUGGCCAGCAGCUACAUCGCCCACCUCACCCGCACUCUUGGCCACGAGUUGCCCGGCCCCGCCUGGCCACCCUUCCUGCAUGGACUCUGCUAUUUGCACCCUCUCAAGAAGUGGCCAAUGCGGUCUCGUCUCUACGCUGGAGGCCUGGGCUCCUCUGACAUGGACUCCACCCCAGCCACUGCCUCAGACCAAAGAACAGUAGAUCCAGAGGCGGGGUCCCAAGUCCCUGGAGGGACAGAUACUAUCCUCAUCAAGCCACUCUCGCCUGCUCUUGAGGACAAAUGAUCACCCCACUCACCUUCUCUUAGACUGCGACUCAUGCUCAGGGUGCUGGGUCUUCUGGGGCCCCUCCCUGUUGUCCCUGACUCAGCCAUCAGGUCUGACUCAAGCUCAGCUCCCAAAGACCAGCACACAGGUCAAGCAAAGCAGUGGGCCUUCCGUAAUGGAGGGACCCAGGAUGGAGAGCCUCGUCCUUGACACCAGAGGGGACUUGCCAGCAGCUCUUCUGUGGCAGCUACAGGGAAAUGGGAGAGGAAGGAGGUCCUCUGGGUUCCAAGCUGAAUUAGGGCUCCACCCCUCGCUUUCUCCCCUAAGAUUCCGACAACCCCCUACAGGGAGCAGGAAGUUAGAAGUGCAGACGCAGAGGGUAGGGCCUAGGAUGGCAGCAACCCCAGGACCUGAUGGAAAAGCCAGGAGGCCUGAGGGCAACUGUAAGUGUGAACAGUUCGGGGCAGGGGUGGCAUUGCCCGAGGGCCACCCGAACAAGAGAAUAUGCUUUGUCAUUGCUCCAGAUGUGGAAGAGGCAGUGAGGAAUUGGGACUCCCGUCUGUAGCAGUCCCCCCAGCAGCCCCUCAUUACCACGUUUCCUCCCUCUCUGGGCCCUGCACCCUUCCACUCUUUUCUUGACAUGAGUUAGAGCUACAGGUUAAGCCAUAAAACUAACGUUGCUUACAUUCCAGUUUCCAAAGAGACUUUGGGUAGUCCCAGAUGCCUGCUUUGAGAUCUUAUCCCGGAGGCGGCGUUACCCUAACUGACCUGAGCAGCAAUUGAAGGCCUUGAAGUAAAGGAUAUUGGUCAACUCAAUUACACCCUUGAAGGACCUUAAAAGAAGAAUGUGCAUCUUUUCCAGGGAUGAUAAUUACAGUCUCUUCUUUCCAUUCUGUUAGAAACCUCACCUCCAGGGAAGACAGCCGUGGCCUGGGCGAGGCAGGUUGUGUGUAUAGGCUUCACCUGAGUUCACCUGCUCCCUGCUCUAGAAUUACUGCCAUGUCUAGGUGCUCCCUAGGGCCAGCCCCUCCCCAAAGGACCGUCCGCCCUGGCACUCCCCAAGUCUUGCUCUAGGGGCCUAAAAGUGGGAUAGAGCUCUAAUGGCACUGAAUUCUGGCCCCGAAGAAAUCACUUGCAGACUCACCAGAGAGUCCACACCCACGGAGAUGAACUUUCCAGAUCAGAUGUAGCUUUACACCUGGCCCGUGAAGUCCAGACAGGGAAGUAACCGGUUUUGUGUUAAAUUUCAGCACCUCCAGGUGAGAAGUGGAGGGAGAGGCAGAUAGAAUCCCAGCAGGGUUAUCCUUAGACACAAGCCUUCAUGUCACCGUGAGUACAAAUGAGGUCGGGCAGUCUGGGAGUAGCUGGGGUCUGGGUUUGGGCAUGAUGAGCCUCGCUCCUCCACAGACUGGCCAGGGUAGCAUGAAAGCGGCUGAGGGGGUGACUCAGUCAGUUGGGGUGGAGGUGGACGAGGAGACACAGGACGUCCCAGCCCCGAGUUGCUGGGGUGUGGGAGAGCUGCUGGAUUAUGGCUGGGAGCCACGCAGAGGAGGCCUCAGCCAAGGCCGAACUCAUAAAUCUGCCUGGGCCCGCGUCUCUGCUGAGGGUCCCCGGAGAGCUUGUGCAGAGCUGCUCUGGGCAGCUGGACAGGGCCAACAGGGCAGAGACCAGGUGUGGGAGGGCAUGAGCUCAGCGUUCUUCACAAGACCAUAAAAGUCCAGCUAGAAUGUUCUAUUUUUAAAGCCAAGUAGCAGUACCUUCCUGGUUGACCGCGAGGAUGGUAAAAAGAGUUUACCCAUGAAUCCCGCUGGAUUAAAGGCACAUGGUGUCUUUCUGGGGAUGAAGGCACUGGCUGGGGGUUUGCACUGGGGGUUCCCCAAGAGAAUGGAGGUCCUCCUGGUAACUGAGUAGACUUUGGUUUGGAGCUUCCCUGCCCCAGGAAUGUCAGACCCCUGGGAGUGACCACAUCACCCUGGCAGAGAAGAUAAAAGGGGCAAAGAAGGAUAAAGUUGGUGGAGGCUGAGGAGGGGCAAGGCCUGUCAUUAUGAGUUUCAAAGGUUGCCUGGGGCUCCUUCCAGGUAAGUUGGUCUCCUCAAUGCAGGACAGUGCCAUGAGGACCAGAGGCCCUCUCCUCCAGCUGGACAGCACAGUCAGGCCAGGAGCACAGUGACUGGCAGGAGCAGGGUGAGCCCGGGGAGGAAGGCCCAGGGGUGGAUGGCAAAAACCAUAGAAGGGACUGGGUCUCUCCUCCUUGACAACCCGUGCUGUCAUGAAGAAAUGUCAUGUUGGGGAAACCAGCAGUUAGCGUAAUGGCUAUGUCGCUGGA